UGUAUUUUUGUUGCUUCAGUGACAAUCUGCUCAAGUACCUCUCGGUUUGGACUGGAAACUUUCACCGGCCGCCGAAUUGCUUUUGAAAACAAUCUGAGUGAAAGAUGGUUGCAAUAUCUUCACGUAUUGAGCCCGGGAACAUGCUGGCUCGGGCGUAGUGAUCAAAGGAGUCUCAUUAUCCACCAACAUUGUUUAGCGAUAUACGAAAGGCUGCUCAAUGGUAUAAAUAAGGAGACAAGCGCAGAGGAGGCAAUGAGCCCGGUCAAGCUUUAGACUCGGAUGGCAGCUGUUGUUAAUGUUGAUUUAAAGAGCAAAAAAGAAUCGGGUUGGACGUUCGGAAAAGGCACCCACGCAAAAUGUUUACGGUCUGUUUGUUAUUUCUGGCUCUGAUUAUAUCGUACGGACAUGGUGAAAGUUUCACGAGAUUCGACGGAUCAACAUAUGUCACGUAUUCCUACAAGGAAGAGCAGCGAACCCUUCCAGACAACAUCCGUCUCUUGUUCCGAACGAUCAAACCUUCUGGAAUACUUUUACACGCGACCAGCAGUGGAGGCGACUUCAUAACCCUUGAGCUCCUGCGUGGAAAAAUCAGGUAUUCGAUAUUUGGAGGGAGUAUGCGGAAUUUGACCUCUGGAAUAGUAACAAGUAGAAAUUUAGAAAAUGCCGUCGUUGAUCUGGCGGAUAACGAAUGGCAUCAAGUGGAUUUGGAAAAGGAGACAACUGAUUCGCUGGUUCUUUACGUGGACAUCACAAAAGAAGUGAUCAAGGUCCCUAGAUUUUACUCCAGGACUUUUGGAGAUCAGACGAUUUAUCUGGCCGGUGUUGACGUUGGAAGGAUAAAUUCAAGGCAGCCUCUGUUAAGCAACCGUGAUUUUAUCCCAUUCGAAGGUUGUCUUGACGACGCACAUGUGGCUAUAAACGGACUUAUGCUGCAUAAUUUCACGAGAAGAGGAAACAAAACUUUGCGUGGAAGGCAUCUUUAUGAGUGCAAUGGUACAACGGAGUAUGACCCAAUUACUUUUAAAAAACCUGAGUCCUUCAUGAAGGUCAAUGUUGCUAGUGUAGACGCUGUCAAGUACAGUUUAAAGUUCCGUACUCAUGAUGGCGAAGGGAUAUUGUUAUUUGAGAGAAUAACGAAAGCAAAUGGUGCUAGGAUCAUCGUCUCCCUAGUCGGUGGGACCAUUACGCUACGUGUGACGUUUGCAAAGAAAGAAUCUCCCGUCAUUCUUCACGGCGGUUCUAAUCUUGAGGACGGAAUGUGGCAUUCUGUUUCUGUUGAUAUUAGCAUACGACGAGUAAUCCUGGAGGUUGACUCUGACAUCUCGUCUUCCCAAAGCAGCAGUUCGCAAGGAACAUUUUUAAGCAGCUCCGAAGUCUAUGUCGGAGCAAAUAACCAAGGCAAGCUCGGCUUCGUAGGAUGUAUGCGUGAUUUCAUGGUGCGAGGACAAAAACUCAACUUGACAGAUGUAUACAAAUCCCAGAUAGGAGAGAUAGACAAGUGUUCCUUGUCGGACCUGUGUAUACCUAAUCCGUGUCUGAAUGGUGGAAGAUGUUCUCAGGCCAGAAACAAAACCAUUUGUCACUGCGCAGCUACUGACUUCAAGGGUCCAAAAUGCGAGACACCUGCCUUCUUCAUGCAGACAUGCGCCGAUUGGUGGAUAGCCGGGAAGAGAAGUAACGGGUAUUAUAAGAUAAACCCUUGGCAUUCAAAACCUUUUUCUGUUUAUUGCAAUAUGUCCAACGUAGAAGGGCCUUCAACGGUUAUUUUUCACACUCAAGAUAGAAUUCGCGUUAAAGCUGCUAAAAAUAAAAAUGGUGGAAGAUACCGUCAUGACAUCAAAUACGAAACUACUAACACUAGGAACAUAAAUUAUCUUAUUGCAAGUAGCACUCAUUGUAGACAAUACCUGGCGUAUCAUUGCUACAACUCAAUCCUUUUUGAUUCGCCCAAAGAGUUUAUUCUCAAGUCGGGUCGUGGGGCACGAUGGUUAUCACGUGACGGAAAAAUACAAGAUUACUGGUCAGGUGCAGCGCGCGGGAGUAUGAAGUGCGCAUGCGGUAUGAAUCAAACUUGUGUAGAACGUUCCAAAUCUUGUAACUGCGAUACUCUUGACAAUACAUGGCACGACGAUAGCGGUUAUUUGACAGAUGUAACGAGCCUUCCCGUCAAAUCCUUGAUAUUUAGCGUCGAUGGAACUAACCCGGAAUCACGUUACGUCCUUGGCAGUCUUGAGUGUUACGGGUCUACAACCAAGAGGACAACAACUACUAGUUUUCCUGCUAGUGAUACUCUAGUUACACCACAACCAUCCACCAAAAGUCAAACAAAGUCUCCAAGCACCAUAGUCUCUACCGCUUAUAAGCCCCCCAUUUCAAAAGAAGACAGAAAACGCGCCUCGACUACGAAGAAGGCACCGUUUUCCUCCAAAACAUCCACUGGCGCCUCAGAAGUGAACAGCCAAGCCACCCCCGAAUCAACGGAUGACUCAGUUGAUAUUGUAGUUAUCGAAACACCAAAAAAAUAUAUAACGAUCCGGGAAAACGCCAAUCAAGAACUCGUGCUCAUUAUAUUAAGCGUUAUACUUUCCAUUUUUGUGAUUGCUAUUAUUGUGCUUGUUAUCAAACAAAAUUUAUUUUUCCCUUGCAAGUGCAAAUGCUUAAAAGCGCCUCUGUACCACGAUGUGCGCCACAUGGAUGUUAUAGAGCUGGGCCCACCAAGUGAGGCAGAACCGGAGCCUAUUCUACAGUUUGAGGCAAGUCCCUAUCCAACGAGAAAUUAUGAUAUUGGAUCAUCUCACGACUGUCAUAGGACGUCAUCUCCAGAACUGUACAGUGAUGCUGAGACUGACAGACUUGACAUCAGCAACGGAAGCUCUUCGUGGAUCUCAGAAAAUGCCGAUGUGGGAAAAGAUAAGCCCGAGAAAAACACUGGAUACGAAGAUAUUGAUCUCGGGCUCAUUGACUUACGUCCAAGCCUUAACGCCCGAAAGCAGCUUAGUACAGAAGAGAAAUUCAAAAAGCUUAAGGAGGUCAUUUUGGACGUUCUGUCUGCGUCAGACGUCAGAGCUAAUUUUAGUGACAAAAAGGAAAAUCCCGUAAGCCCUGUUAAGCCAAAAGACGUACACCUUCGUGAAUCAAGCUUUGAGUUUUCCCAAUCGCAUUUACCCGUAAAUGAACAGUUGUUGGAUUCGGACAAUGAUUCUACUGCAACAGUUUCUGAGUUAAGUUCAGAUCAGGAACUCUUUUACGGAGAUCAGUGCGCAGAAAACUAUCCAUGCGAUAAGGAAACGCCUUGCAAUCAUGAUGUGUGCGAUGAAUCUUCUAAGGAAAACACUCUUGUGAUUUAUAAGCCAUCAGGAGAAAGGAGAAUAAGCCGAAACAACUGGAUAUCGUCCGAUCCACAUGACAAUUAUUUAUCUUUAGACGUAAACAACCUUGAGGACGAUACUCUUGAGGCGCAGCCUUUAAGUUCAACUUUGAGUGGCUACGAUUACAAAGAACGGACUCCCACUGAAAUAGAUGUAAUGUCUCCUAGCGCGGAGAAUGAAAAUUAUCGUCCCACCUCUUGCGACGGAGGAGGACAUGAGGUGAUAUUUCAUAGGGAUGAUAAAUGCAAGCACAGCUCGCCGCGUUCACGCUUAUUUUCCCGCCAGAAAAGUGAAGAGGAAGCUCUGCUACCCUCAAAGCAAGCAAAUGAAACGCAGGAGCAAGGAAGCGAUCGUUUACCCGAAAACUUUCAGAGGCACUAUAGUGGCUUUUCAAAUAGCUUUUACCGGCAACCGCAUCAGCAGCAGAACGCAUCUGCUCGCAAAAGCCAGCCUGAAAAUGGCCAUACUAAAGAACGCAGAAAAAAUUCGCCGAAGCAAGGGCAUUCUCAGAAAUAUGAGACCGAACUAUAGCUUUUAUAACAAUGCUACAUAGCUGAGAAUUCUAGUCUAGAUGUGCUUCGACUAUUUACAUCUUCGUGUGUCAAAUAGUCUACUAAAAUAUUGAAGAUUUUUUCAGUGCUAUUAUUAAGGCAUCCUAGAUUUAAAUUUUCAAAAAGGAUGUAAAUAAGUCUAUCAAACUGGUAAAAUACAAUAAAGUAAAUUUUAAUAAAUUAGUCUAUAUAAAAAGGCAAGAUUAUUUGUAAACUAGAAAAAAAACCCAUCUAUGUCGUUAAAAAGUAAUGUAAGUCGCCAGUCUAUCGGAGAAAAUGUUCGUUAAAGAAGUUUCCAAUCAAAGUUUCGUUUGAAGUGAAUUUAAUUAACGAUAAUAAAUACCAGAGUUGCAUGAUAUUUGAAAACUGUGAGUGGAUUGUAAUUGUGAACAGUUUUUUCUUGGAUUUUGUCCUCCGUUU